AUGGGAAAACAAACAGAAAUUAAGCAAAGUCCAAGUGAUGUUCGCUUAAAACUUGAGCAAUUUAAUCGUCGUUCGUCACAAAGAAAACGUUUGGCACCUAAAGUUGAAGAAGAAAUUGUUGAAGAUAUUGUUGUUGAAGAAAUUAUUGAACCUGUUAUGCCUGAAACGCAUCAUGAGGAAGAAAUUGUUCAGGAAGAGAAGGAAGAAGUUGAAUUUAGUAGAGGAUAUACAAACAAAGGGGCUCUUUGUAUUUGGUAUAAAGGUUUCCGUUACCUUAAGAAUCGUGACGUUAAUGUCAACCAUUAUAAUAUUUAUUGGCGUUGUGGUACCAAAAGAUGUCCAGGAAGCGCAUAUACACAUGAAACGGAAGAUGGGAAAUUAAUGGGAGAAUUGAAAAAUGCACACAUUCAUUUACCUCGACCAGAACAAAGAUUGGCAGAAAUUAAAAGGCAGGAGCUAAAACAACGAGCUAGAGAAGAGCCUUCAUUGAGUGGUGCAAACCUGGUUGCAGAUAUUCGAGCUGGAAUUGACGAUGAAACUUUUGUAGCUUUGGGAUCGGAUGGGUCACUUACACAGUUGGCAAAAAGAGAAAAAACAAAAUUUUUUGGAAAAGGCUGUACAAGGAAAGGUUCGGAUAUUUUGGCAAUAAAAUUGCCACCUGCGUUAACCGAAAAGAACGGACAAUCAAUAUUUUUGUAUGAUUCGAGGACUGCUCAAGCUCGAGAUAAAGAUGCAGUUUUUGUGUUUGCACAUCCAUAUAUGCUUCAACAACUUGCUGGUCAAACUACUUGGACAAUCUGUGUAUCUUUUCGACCGCUCCCAGCCCCUUUUAAACAUUGUUUUGUUAUUGCAACUGUUUUAAGAAGUCAAUUAAUUGUUGCAGCACAUACUCUUUUGACAGAAAAUUCUGAAGCAUUUUAUAUGGAAGCUUUGGAUGCUAUUGCUGCUGCUGUUAAACCAACAAAACCUCGCAGAAUUAUCACGGACUUUGAAAAUGUGAUGGUUGAAGCAGCACAAAAUGUUUUUCAAGAGGCCUAUGUGAGUGGUUGUUAUUUCCGUUUUUCUCAAGAAUUGUUUCGCAAAUGGUCUGAAUAUAAUCUUGCGGAGAUUUAUGGUCAUGAAAAUAGCCAAGCUGGAAAUAUUUCGAGGAUGACAUUUCGACGACUGAUUUGCCUUGCACUUAUUCCAAUGGCUUACGUCAACAGAGCAUUCUACAAAAUUGUUGAAGUUGCUAGACUUCCACAAUUGGCAGAAUUCUUCUUUUAUUUCAAGGAGGCUUUUAUUGGACUGACAGACCAGGAACUUAGAAUGAAGGCAGCAGCUUUUGGAUCGAAUUUUGGACAAAAUUUAGUUUAUUCGGGACCAGGGGAAGAACAUGUUUAUGAAGAAGGAACUGUCGGUUAUCAAGAUUAUUUGAACUAUGAAAUGUCAGAACAUUCGUCUUCAUCAAUUAUUGGAGCAACACCAGCAUCUUUGCAACCUUUGCGUCAUCUUCCUUAUUGUCCUUUGGAAUUUUGGAAUAUUAGUGAAAGAGUCGCAACAGAAUUGGUUAAUGCAAAUUGUGCUAUGGAAAUGGCACAAUUACAUACUAGCUCCAAGCAUGGUUCUAAAUUCCUUCCUUCACUGCCCGAUUUUAUUCUUGCAUUAUGGGACGAUUUUGAGAAACAACGAGACAACAUUCGUGCAGUAACUAUCUCAAAUAAUAAAAAAAGAAAUCUUCGAAAGCAUGUAAUUAAAGAAGAUUCCGUUAUAAGUACCUUAAAUGAAGCUUCUUACGAAACAGACCAAGCAAUUUUGAAUACUUUGGAUAUUUUGUCUCAUCAUGUUCAAAAUUAUGUUAAUGGUUUAUUUUUUGACGUUAAAGAAAUUGGAAAAUCUGGUGAUGAUUCUAUUGAGUUUAAUGAAGGUUUGAAUAGUAGUAGAGGUAGUAGUGGACGUAUGAAACAAAGUACUUCUGGAUUAAGAUGA